AUUUGCUGUGGGGUGGUGCUGAUCAUAUUCAUCGCUUCCCCCCGGCCCUCGUGGUGAUGAUGCUGAUAGUUUAUUCCCUCUCUUUGAGGAUAAUUAUAUUUUUAUAGUUUUACAUUAAUUGUGUUGUCAUUUAACCCUACUACGUCAGACUGACCUGAAGCUCCGGCUCCGACCGUCCUACGCCUUUGUUGUUUUACGUCAUUCCCCAAUCCCCCAUCCUGUCACGCGGUACCGUUCCCGUUUCCUAUUGGCUGUAGCUCUCCCAGUCUCGGCUCUAGCCCCGCCCCCACGUGGCGUCGUGACGUCCAAAGAGAUGUGCUCCGCCUCCUCCGUGACCGUUAAAGGCGGCGGGAAAAUGGAGGACUACAAGUGGAGCUCUGUGUUUAGUCCAGGAAACCCUUUCGGACAAUCUCAGCUCUCCCGCAGUCACUACCACCCAUCCUCUCCCCAAAGGAUACCUCAGCAGCCGGGCAAAAAGGUAGUGAAACCAGGCCAGUGCCAGCUACCUAGAGCAUCGCUUACAUCAGAACCUCCUCUGGCCUCACAGGAUGCCCCGAGACAAACUGACCAGCCAGCGGGCCAAGGUGAAGGGACAGAUGCUGGGAUAGCUAGCCCCUUGGUAGAGUCCUGGCCAUCCACCGAGAGCAGCUCUCUCCUGAUGCCUGAGGGAGAGCCAGGAAGCGAGGCAAGGGUACGGUCCACGGCAGAAUCGCUUGUGUCGCGGGAGAUGUUCCGUAUGGACCAAGGUUGUUUGGGAAGUCCACAGACUGACCCCGCGGAGAGUUCGAUUAUCGCAAAGUACAUCCAGCGAUUCCGACAUGGCAAACCACUGAGCAGAGAGGAACGGGAGUGUGCUACCACUGGAAUCGACACAGAGAGCAGUGAGUUCUGGUGGCUUAGGAGCUCACCCCCGAGCAGCUCAACACCGACACAGGAGACACACCAGCACCACCCAGAUAUUCGUUCAUUGGCCAUUGAGGAAAGAGAAUCUGCCUCUCGUUCUGCUCAGCAAUGUGGACACUUGCCUGCGGAAAUAUCUCAGCCCAGCUUCCCAGGACUGUCCUCAGGAGGUGAACGUUUAGAUGUUUCCCGGCUGGAGCCCUUUGACCUGGAGACCGUUCAUCUCCAGGAAAGAGCAAAUCGCCUGCUGCAGCGCAGUGAAUCUUCUUGCAGUGGCCUCAUUCCUGUCAGCUCUGACGGGGUCGGAUCUCCGAAUGUUUCUGAUCCCGUUCAGGAAGUAUCAGCCUGUCCUGUCUCCAUCCCGCUGAGUGAGCCUGCUGUUGGAGAUAGAGACGUGAAACAAACAUACAACCUAUCUGAUGGCCUCUACCCCAGCUACAAGCCCUCGUUUACCACCCGCCCUGAGGACGACAUCCUGUACCAGUGGCGUCUGCAAAGGAAGAUGGAGGCAGCAAGAGAGAGCUCUUGGGCCUUCCUACCACAGAGGAAGUCGCAGUCCCCUCCAAUCUGCCUCGGCAGGCAGAUUGCCAGGUCUCAUGGGGACACGCAAAAGAACAAGUCAGUGGUUACAGGGUCGUACCCUGAGAGCUGUUGGAGAGGGAGAGAGGCACCUACCAGGAACACCCCACGUGGUCCAAAACACAAUUCUGGAACCGCCACCGUUUGCUCCUUGCCGGUCCCGAGUGAGACACAGCGCCUUUCGGAGGACCACUUGGCCAUUUGUGGCUGGAUGUGUCUACAGGCAGAUGCACAAAGUCAACACUGCGUUCCUCAGGCCGCGGAGAGAGAGCAGGCUCAGCAAGGGAGAGGCAACAGUGGGCUGGUACCCGGCCUCAGCUCAACAAGGGAAAAGCAGAGGUCAGUGGACAGUCUCUGCAGACGGUGCAGCACUGGCAGAGGGAAAGGCAACAGUGGCCCCAAGCCCAGCGUGAGCUCAGCGAUGGAAGGGCAGAGGUCAGCGGAUAGUCACCCAAGACAGCGCAGUACGAGUGGAGAAAGGAUUUCAGAGGGAGUGUCUGCUGACAAACAGCAGAGACUGGUGCCUGCGCCUGAUGCCUGUCGAAGCGACUGCCUGCAGAGGGGUAGGGAGGCCCAUCAUGGAGGGCGAAGAGAACCGAGAUGGAGCCAGGGAUUGGAGGCCAGCUGCACCCCGCCUCCUGUAUCGCUGCAGGCUCCUGUGUUCCCACAGCCUCGAAAUCUUCACAAAGUGAGGUCACAGCAGCAGGACUCUCGCCCGUUCACUGGGAGCAGCAGCUCAGACACAGAACAGGAAUCUUCCGGAGGUGAACGCUGUGGUGCUUCACCCGAGGACUCACUGACAAUGGUAUGGCAUCGAGGGAAACCUAUACCAAGACAACACCACCAGCGUGCCAGCAUUCACCAGGUGUUGGGACAGGUUGUCUCUGAGAGAAUGUUCUCCCCUCAUAAUUCAAACCAUCAACUCAGGAGCAAGUCAAAGAUAGUUGGCAGAGCCAGGGGUCAUCACCUACCACCUUCACCCAUGCCUGAAGCUCACCAGACACAGGAGACGGUCGCCAAACUACUCGAAGAAGCUGAAGAAUCCGAUGGUAUGGAGUUUGAAGAAGACCUAUUGCUUCGUGUGCUGCGACAGCAGAGGGAUUGGGUUAGGCAGCAGCUCAGAAGUGAUUUAAACUGAUGGCAGUGGAUAUGGGGUCUGUGACUUCCCCCACAGAGGGUGACAGAGCGGGUGUCGUGAUUCCUCCACACGGUGAUGGGACGGGGGUCUGUGUCUGUGACUCCCCCCCCCCACAGUGACGGGGCGGGGGGCGGUCUGUGUCUGUGAUUCUUUCACACGGUGACAGGGCGGGGGGUCUGUGUCUGUGAUUCCUCCUCAUGGUGACGGGGCGGGGGUCUGUAUCUUAGAUUCCUCCACACGGUGACGGGGCGGGGGUCUGUAUCUGUGAUUCCUCCACACGGUGACAGGGCGGGGGUCUGUGUCUGUGAUUCCUCCACACGGUGAUGGGGCAGGGGUCUGUGUCUGUGAUUUUCUACCCCCCCCACGGUGACAGGGCGGGAGUCUGUGUCUGUGAUCCCCCAACACGGUGACAGGGUGGGGAUCUGUGUCUGUAACUACUCCCCCCCCAACACGGUGACGGGGCGGGGGUCUGUGUUUGUGACUCCCCCACUUGAUGAUGGUAACAUGUUGCUUAAUUACAAGUUGUUAUUUGAUGUGGAAUCCAACCUGAUGCCAGACUGUGAAUACAUUGAAAGCAUGUACUGCAGCCUGCGCCACUCCAUCUGGCGUGUUUCAACAGUCCCGUGAGUUGUCUGAUAUCUGUUCCCGACCUACCUCUACCCUGUCUGCAGCUCCCUGCCUGGCCUGUUUGCCACUCACCCUUGUUCAAUUGUGUCUGACCAUGUGAGAGCCAGUUGUCUUGUUCCUGAUUUUCUGCUGCACCUUUAUGACUGGUACCCUACUGCGAUUUAAUCAUCACUUGCAAUCAAUGGAUUUUUCUGGUGUAAUAAAGUUUGUACAAACGUG